AUGUCCUACCACCACUCCACCCCCUCCCCCACCUUCACCCCCCUCGAACUGGAAACCCUCAAACAAAUGCUCCUCGACGCCCACCUAAUCCGCGCACCCACCUCCCCCGCCCUAACCCCCUCACAAACCCAAACCGCCCUCCACCACUGCAUCCACUCCUUCAUCGCCAUCUACCCCCACCACUACGCCCUCACGCCCUCCUCCCUCCGCGUCUUCGUCCGUCAAAACUCCGCCUUCUUCGCGCAACCGCGCAGUCGUCAACAGAUCGACGCGGCGCGCGCGACGUUGGCGGAUAUCCAGCGUGCGACUAAGAAGCUGGCGGCGCAUAAUGCGAAUCUGGGGACUGCCCAGGGGGAGGCGCGGGAGUAUAGGGAGGUGGUGGAUGCGGCGGAGGUGUUGAUGGGGUUGCAUUUUGAGGAUGCGUUUUUGUCGGUGAAGAGGGCGGAGGAGAUUAGAUUGUGGAGUGAGGGUGUGAGGGUGAGUGUUGAGGGGAGUGAUUGGUGA